UUCUGCAACCACAACCACGAGCGAUCCUAUAGUUGAUCCUCCAACGACCUCGAGUUCUGCAACCACGACCACUAGCGAUCUCCCAGCUCCUCCGGCCACGACGUCCACCUCUACAGGCACAACUACGAGCGAUCCUCCUGCUGACUCCGUGACCACUUCCAGCUCUGUGACGUCGACUACGAGUGGCCUGCCAGUUGACGCUGCAACAACGUCCACCUCUACAGGCACGACCUCGAGCUUUGCACCAGUUGCCCCCGGAACGACAUCCUCCACUACCAGCUCUGCCGCAGAUCCUCCCGCAGGAACAUCAUCGUCCACCACCAGUUCUUCUGUGGACCCUCCCGCAGGAACAUCGAGCAGCACCUCGUCUGCCUCCACAACCAGCAGCUCUAGCGAUCCUGCCGGUACCACUACUUCAUCCAGCGCACCUAGCACCAGCUCUUCAAGCAGCGAUCCCCCGACGACAUCCUCGUCUUCUGGAUCUACCACUUCGAGCAGUGCAGAUCCCACCAGCACUUCCACUUCGAGCAGCGCCGAUCCCACCAGCACUUCCACUUCUAGCAGUGCGGAUCCUACUAGCACUUCAACUUUCAGCAGACCAUCGUUCACUACCUCGAGCGCUGACCCUGUCAGCACGUCAAGCAGCAGUUCCUUACCGACCACUACAAGCUUCACAAGGACCACCAGUGCCACGGCCACCACCACCACAACUUCUACCUGCGCACCGUCUCAGACGCUAUCUGCCCUGCCUGAACAGACCGUCUGCCCAGAGAACACGGCAGCCGACCGUAGCCAGUGGUGCAACAACCUAUCUGUCAAUGAUGACAUUCUGACAACGGAUUACUCGACCGGACAAACCAAGUAUUUCACCUUCGAAAUCACGUCUACCAACAUCAACUUCGAUGGCACUAUCAGACCGUCGUUUGCGAUCAAUGGUGGGACUCCUGGUCCCGCCAUUGAAGUCAACUGGGGUGAUCUUGUCGAGGUUACUGUUAUCAACUCACUGACAGACAACGCUACCACGAUCCAUUGGCACGGUAUCCGACAAUUUGGCACCAAUGACCAAGAUGGUGUUCCUGGAGUUACUGAGUGCGCUAUCCCUCCCGGUGGCUCGCGUACCUAUACCUGGCUGGCUUCGUCCUAUGGAACCGGUUGGUACCACUCUCACGCCCUGUCGCAAUAUGGCGGUGGUAUCCGAGGUCCCGUUAUCAUUCACGGACCUGCGACGGCCGAGUAUGACUACGACAUGGGCCAUGUCAUGAUUGAUGAGAUCUUCAGCCAGACCAUCUUCCAGAUGGCGUGGAACAUUGCCCGACUCCGAGGCCCGCUCCCUGCUGCCGUCAACUACAUGGUCAACGGCCAGAACGUGUCUCCAGAUGGAAGCACCGGAACGGCAACCCAAUGGACGGUCGAGCCUGGCAAGAAGCAUCUCUUCCGUAUCAUCAACAGCUCUGCUCAGUCUUUCUUCAUUGUGCACUUUGACUACCACGAGAUGACCGUCAUCAGCUCCGACUACACUCCCAUUGUGCCCUACACCACCACCAGUCUCUACGUCAGCCCUGGCCAGAGAUACAAUGUCAUUGUCGAGAUGGACCAGACCCCCGGUGCAUACUUCAUGCGCGCAAUCACUCAGACUGGCUGCGGUGAGCAGAACGUCAACACUGGUCUCGGCAUCGCCAACCCUGUUUUCACCUACAGGGGAUCGUGCGGUACCCCCACGUCAGAGACUCUCAGCAUCACUCCUGCCUCUGACUGCCGAGACGAGCCCUUGGCCAGUCUUGUGCCCGUGGUCCCCAGAGACGGUGGUAGCAUUGAUGACUUCACCAGCACUGCUCAGCUUCUGCCUGGUGGCAACGGUGGCUCUCAGGUCUUUGACGGCUAUGGUGCCAUCAUCAGAUGGUACUUUGGCGGCAUGCUCGACCUCAACGGCAACAGCGCGUCCGUGCUUGGUAAUCAGACGAUUAGUGUGGACUUUGAGAACCCGACGCUCAAGACCAUGGCGGAGCUCCCGACACUGGGUUUCAACAGCUCCAAGUACUCGAACGCGGUGGUUUUGGACGGACCCGCGGGUGACUGGGUGUACUUUGUGAUCCAGAACAACUUCCAGACGUCGCACCCGAUCCAUCUGCACGGGCACGACUUCUCGGUGCUGGGCCAGGGCAAGGGCGUCUUCACGGCCGACCAGGCGUCGUCGCUCAACUUUGUGAACCCGGCCCGUCGCGACACGGCCCUGCUGUACGGUUUCGUGGGCCAAGGCGGCGUGGCUGAGAGCGGCUGGACCGUCAUCGGCUUCCAGACCAACAACCCCGGCGCGUGGAUCAUGCAUUGCCACAUCAUCUGGCACGCCGACGGCGGUAUGGGCCUGCAGUACAUUGAGCAGCCCAACUCCAUCGACGCCGAGGGCUACUGGGGCAGCGACGCCUUCCAGAACGAGUGCACAGACUACUCAGCCUACCAGGACGGCGGCGGCGAGGGCAAGCUGACCUACGAGGCCGGCAUCAAGCGUGAUCUCUUGAAACACAAACAUGCCCUCAAGGCCAAGCACCACUGA